AUGAGCGCCGGCGACGCCCGGGCCGCGGCCAAGACGCUCGUGUGGCUGCUCAGCGAGACCUACGCGCCGGAGGACGUGGGCGCGGCGUCGUUCCUCGGCGAGGCCGUGAGCGUCGAGGUCGGCCCGCGGCCGGCGUUCGCGAGCGCGUGGUCGUCGACGGCCGUGCAGAUCGCCGAGGCCUGCGGCGUGUCGGGCCUGCGGCGCGUCGAGCGGAGCCGGCGCUACGCGUGCGCGGCCGGCGGCGCGCGGCUCGGCGCGGCCGCCGUCGCGGACCACGUGCACGACCGCAUGACCGAGUGCGUCUACGAGGGCGGCGCGGCGCCCUUCUUCGCCGAGGCCGCGGCGCCCGCCGCGGACACGGCCGUCGGGACCGUGGACGUCGUCGCGCGCGGCGCGGCCGCGCUCAAAGACGCGAGCGACGCGCGGGGCCUCGGCUUCGACGCGUUCGACGUCGAGUACUACGCGGACCUCUUCGCGACGAAGCUCGGCCGCGACCCGACGGACGUCGAGCUCUACGACAUGUCCCAGUCCAACUCGGAGCACUCGCGCCACUGGUUCUUCUCCGGGCGCCAGGUCGUCGACGGCGUCGAGAAGGACAAGUCGCUCUUCCGCCUCGUCAAGGCGACGCUCGAGGCCGCCAAGGCCGCCGCGGCCCGCGACGGCCGGGACGACGUGAGCGUCAUCGCCUUCCACGACAACUCGAGCGCCAUCGCGGGCGGCGCCGCGACGGUGCUCGUGCCCGAGGCGUGCGAGGCCGCGGACAAAGCCCGCACGCUCCACAGCCUGCUCACGGCGGAGACGCACAACUUCCCCUGCGCCGUCGCGCCGCUGCCGGGCGCGGAGACGGGCGCGGGCGGGAGGCUCCGCGACGUGCAGGCGACGGGCCGCGGCGCGCACGCCAUGGCCGGCGUCGCGGGCUACUGCGUGGGCAACCUCCUGCUCGACGGCCACGCCAUCGCCGGGGAGGAUCCCUCGAGAGCCUACCCCGCGCACCUCGCGUCGCCGCGGCAGAUCCUCCGCGACGCGUCCGACGGCGCGUCGGACUACGGCAACAAGUUCGGCGAGCCCGUCGUCUGCGGCUACUGCCGGUCCUUCGGCGGCGUCGACGCGGCCGGCGACCGCUGCGAGUGGCUCAAGCCCGUCAUGUUCUCCGCGGGCGUGGGAUGGCUCGACGCGCGCCACUGCGCCAAAAACGCGGCCGCGCCGGGCAUGGCCGUCGUCAAGGUCGGCGGGCCGGCCUACCGCAUCGGCCUCGGCGGCGGCGCCGCGUCGUCGCGCGUCUCCACGGCGGAGCGCGCGGACCUCGACUUCAACGCGGUGCAGCGCGGCGACGCGCAGAUGUUGAACCGCAUGAACCGCGUGAUCCGCGCGUGCGCGGAGCGCGGCGCGGCGAACCCCAUCGUGUCCAUCCACGACCAGGGCUGCGGCGGCAACGGCAACGUGCUCAAGGAGAUCGUCGAGACCCACGGCGCGCGCUACGAUUUGGCGCGGCUCUCGCUCGGCGACGCGACGAUGACGCCGCUCGAGCUCUGGGGCGCCGAGUACCAGGAGUCGAACGCGCUCCUCGUCGACCCUCGCGACAUCCCCCUGCUCCGGGCCAUGGCGGAGCGCGAGCGCUGCCACGUCGACGUCGUCGGCGAGGUCGCCGCCGACGGCCGCGUCGUCGUCGUCGACAGCCGCGGCGGCUCCGACGCGAAGAUCGUGGACCUGCCCCUGGAGCUCGUGCUCGCGGACAUGCCCAAGAAGGUCUUCGAAUCGACGACGCCGGACGUGGCCCCGACGCCGCUAAACGUCGCGGCCGCGGCGCUCUUCGGCGGCGGACCGCCGGACUUCCGGGCGGCGCUCGAGGGCGUUUUAGGCCUGCCCGCGGUCUGCUCGAAGCGCUUCCUCGUGCACAAGGCGGACCGGUCCGUGACGGGCCUCGUCGCGCGCCAGCAGUGCGUGGGGCCCUUCCAGCUGCCGCUGAGCAACUGCGCGGUCCUCGCGCGGAGCCACUUCUCGACCGAGGGCGUCGCCGUCGCCGUCGGCGAGGCGCCCCAGCUCUCGGCGCUGAGCCCGGCGCGCAUGGCGCGCCGCGCCGUCUGCGAGAUGCUCACGAACCUCGUUUCCGCGCCCGUGAGCGACCGCCGCGACGUCCGGCUCUCGGCGAACUGGAUGUGGGCCGCGAAGCUGGAGGGCGAGGGUUCCCGCAUGUACGCGGCCUGCGAGGCCAUGUGCGACGCCCUGAUGGCCGCGGGCUGCGCCGUCGACGGCGGCAAGGACUCGCUGUCCAUGGCCGCGAGCGACGGCGCGGGCGCCGUCGUCAAGGCGCCGGGAGCGCUGACGCUGACGGCGUACGCGCCGUGCGUCGACGUCGCGCGCGUGCUCACCUGCGACCUCAAGGCCGACGACGGCGUGCUCGUCCUCGUGGACCUCGCGGGGGCGCCGACGCUCGACGUCGGCGGCUCGGCGCUCGCGCAGGCGCUCGGGCAGCUCGGCCGCGACGCGCCCGAGUCGGACGCGACGGCGCGCGCGUUCGACGCCGUGCAGGCCCUCCACAAAGCCGGCGACCUCCUAUCGCUCCACGACCGCAGCGACGGCGGCCUCGUGACCUGCGUCCUCGAGAUGGCCUUCGCGGGCGGCCGCGGCGUGACCGUGGACGCGCCGCGCGCGGCGACGACGGAGGGCGACGUGCCGCCGGCCUGGGCCGCGCUCUUCCACGAGGCGCCGGGCCUCGUCCUCGAGGUCGCGCCGGAACGCGUCGCCGCCGUCCUCGCCGCCUUCAAAGCCGCGGACGUCGACGCGGCCGUCGUCGGCCGGGCGACGCGCGAGCGGACCGCGCGGAUCGCCGUCGCGGGCGCCGCGGUCCUCGACGCGCCCGUGCUCGAGCUCUGGGCCGCCUGGGAGGCGACGGCCUUCGCCAUGGAGCGCGUCCACGGCCGCGACGGCGCCUGCGUCGACGCGGAGAUGGCGACGCUCGCGGCGCGGACGCCGCCGAAGUACGCGGUGCCCUUCGCCGCGGCGCCGGCGGCCACGACGCCGUCGCGGAACGCCAAGCCCGUGGCCAUCCUGCGCUGCGAGGGCUCCAACGGCGACCGCGAGAUGGCCACGGCCUUCCACCUCGCGGGUCUCGAGCCCUGGGACGUCGCCGUCGCGGACGUCGCGUCCGGCGCGGUGACGCUCGACCGGUUCCGGGGCAUCGCCUUCGUCGGCGGCUUCUCCUACGCCGACGUGCUCGAUUCGGCCAAGGGCUGGGCCGGCGCCAUCCGCUUCAACGACGCGCUCCGGCCCCAGUUCGAGGCGUUCCGCGCGCGAAGCGACGUCUUCUCGCUCGGCGUCUGCAACGGCUGCCAGCUCCUCGCGCUCCUCGGCUGGGUCCCGGGCCUCCCGGCCUGCGACGCGGCCUACGAGACGCAGCCGCGCUUCGUCCACAACGCGUCGCGCAAGUUCGAGUCCCGCUGGCUCUCGGUGGCCGUCCUCGAGUCGCCGGCCAAAUUGCUCGCGGGCAUGGCCGGCGCGACGCUCGGCGUCUGGGUCGCCCACGGCGAGGGCCGCGCCCACUUCCCCGACGCCGACGUCGAGCGCGCCGUCUUCGACGGCGGCCUCGCGCCCGUGCGCUACGCGGACGACGCCGGCGAGCCGACGGACGCGUACCCGUUCUGCCCGAACGGCGCGGCGCGCGGCGCGGCCGCGCUCUGCUCGCCCUGCGGCAAGCACCUCGCCAUGAUGCCCCACCCGGAGCGCUGCGUGCUGCCCUGGCAGUGGCCCUACAAGCCCCCGGGCCUCCCGGGCCUCGAGGCCGCGUCGCCCUGGAUGAAGCUCUUCCAGAACGCGAAGACGUUCCUCGACGCCGUCGACCGCGACGCCGAGGACGACUGCGCGCCCGUGCCGGGCUGCUGCAACUGA